AGACGGAAAGUGUUGAAAUUCAUAUUAAGAACGGAUUGUGAAGAUCAUUUAAAUUUAAGCAAGCGAAUAAGGAAUCGUAUUUUAUUUCAAGUAGGUACUCUUUAGACAACAAAUAUGCAUUGUGAAAAGGAAGCAGCACAGUGUUUGUUGUAACGGUUCAUUAGUAAAUUAGUAAAAAAGGCGCUCGUAAAUAUGGCUUCAUUUCGAGAGAUUUCAACGCCAGGAAAAUCAGGUUGGGACAUUUCUAAAAGAUUGGCACAUCUGUCCAUCGGUGAUCGCUGCAAUGAAUGGAGAAUUCCUGUGGCCACCUGGGGAAUUGAUGAACCUAGAGCACUGAUGGCGAAUAUUGAUAAUCUUGAUAUUAAGAGGAAAGAUUGGGACAGGGCGACAGGAGCAGUAGAUUCUGUACUGGAUAUGUUUCUAGAAGAACUCCAGACAGAAGCAACCCGUUUUUCUGGACUACACAUCAAUAAAUUUAUUAGACAAGGAAGUUCCAGGGAGGGAUUAAAGGUAUCCAAGGCCGACGAAUUCGAUGCUCUUCUGCUGUUUGAUAUAAAAGGCAUGACAUUUAAUGUUUCCCAUAUCAAAGACAAAAAUGAUUGGAUUUUACCUGAAUUUGGACUUCUUGUUCCUGUAGGUUUCUCAGUAGGUCAAAUCCAGUCAAGAUACCCGGAGCUUGACAGAGAGGGUGUGUUUUCUUUCGAAAGCGAAAAAGGCACAGUCUAUCUAAACUCUAGAAACUUACACGAAAAGGUUUUCAAAUCCAUCGUUAUGAGAGCUGCAAAUUCCAUUGAAGAAAGGGUCAACACCUCUAACAUUAAACAAGAGUUUUCUUUCGCUAUUCAAAAGUUCAGCAUAAAUCCACCAUCGAUAAAUAUCCAGAUCCGACUAAGAGAGAAAACCGGCUAUUUUGACUACAACAAUCACUUCCGAAGUCUCAUGAAAAAUGAGAGUAGGAUUGAGUCUCAGAGUGCGGGAGUGGACACUUUAAUUGAUGUAGACAUUGUUCCAGGUUUGGAACUGUGUAGAGACGUUGUGCCUGAUCCAAGCGACUGGCAAAAGACAAUGGAAUGUCCUAGAUACGCUGUUUUCAAAUGGUUCACCGAAAACCAGCCGUCAGCACAUUUAUAUGAUUGUCAGCCAAGUUUCCUGUGGCGCAUGUGCAGCUCUGGCUACGAGAAACACGUGCUCGAUGCAUCACGUGGCUCAACAGAACAAAGCUAUAUCGUUACAGCUUUACGAAUUAUGAAGAAUGAGUUUCGUCAACGGAAAGAAUACAGACGGAACAAUUCACCAUUACAAGUAGUAACAGUUCUACGAUCCUACCACCUGAAGCACAUCGCUUUCUACUGUAUACUGUAUCUCACUAUCAUGAACAAGGUCAAGAUAUCGGGGGUUAGGGAGAGUCUUGUAUACUUUCUUGAAUUUCUUAAGGUAUGUUUGGAGGAACAAAAAUUACCACAUUUCUUUCAUGCCAAUCCGUAUCUUAUGUAUAUGUUUCCGGAUUGUGAAAUGGCAGAACAGUCUUUACGAUACGAUCUUUUGGCGGGAAAAUCAUCAGACGCUCUGCUGCAGGCAAAAUUAUCUUUCAAUGAACUUGAAGACGAUAUACGCCGGAAAUAUUCUCUGAGAAGUAAAGAGAUUGGUACAUAUCCUGAAUACGCAACAACAUUUGGAGAGUUUGUGAAGGCCGGCAAAUACUAUUUGCAUUAAAUACAUUCACUACGAUCUUGCAGGCAGAUGUGGUUUCACCUUGACUUGAAGCACAAAUGAUAGUACAGUUUUCGUUGGCCAUUCAAAAAUUUGUAGAAUAAGUAGUAGAUAUAAGCCGAAAAAACUGACCAAUAUGUAAAAUAUUGAAUUGUAUGACGUGCAAAGUGCAGAAGGGAAUGCAAUAUUUUAGUUUUUUUUUAACUUAUUGGACAGUUUUAGGCAUGUAUCCUAUCUUUUAUUAUCCCACAGUAUCAUGUUUGUUUUUGUCGGAGCAUUUGAAAAAAAGGUAUUUGAUGCUAGAAAUGCGCAAAACGAAAGCAAUUUAUUUUCUUACUCGCAGGUACACAUAAGGUAGCCUCUUACUUGUAUGGAAAUGUUUAAAUAUACUAUUAACAAGUACAUGUACUGAGUAA